AGGACGGCCGGGGUGUCAAGUUCCCCUUCAAACCUUGUUCUUGGCAAGAAGACCGGCUGUUAGCCUCAGCAAUGUUUUUGAACCGGUUGCUGCAGCAUGACAUUCGUUUGGGUGAAGAAGGCCGAACACAGUGGCUACUGCACACGGGAGAUUCACGUGAAAGCCCUGAACAGGUCUUCAUUUUCCGCAGUACCAGCCCUGGCACGAACAUGUCUGACAACAUUGACUUUGGCAGCGUUCCUCUGAAGUUCUUUGGCCCAGAUUCCAUGUCCUUCUUUCGGGGCGCGUCCAUCUUCGUGUUGAAGCGUCACACCACAUUGGGUUUCCUGCUCUUCAAGUCCUAUGUGCUGCGUCAGCCCCCAAUGUGAAAAGCUGACGGUGGAUGCAGAGUCCAUGGGUUUGUCCGAAUAUCGGAUCGCCCAGUUCCAGGCUCUGUAUCAUAUCAUUCUACAUCAUCAUCAUCAUCAUCAUCAU